AUGGGAAGCAAAGAGGGUUGGGUUGUGGAAUUCUUAUUGAGGUUGACAAACGUGACUCGCUUCCAUAUCAUGGCUAAGCCGAAAGCUUCUACUGCUGCUUUUUUCACUGGAUUUGCGUAUGGCGACUAUAGGGAAGGGAGUAUCAAGGAUUUGAUGACCCAAGAAAAUGUCGAGCGAUUAACCAGAGACUACGAGACAAGGCGUGAGCUUUAUCCCUUAAAUUCGUGGUUUUGGAUUACUAGUUUUAUUCGUUUAGCUAGAGUAUAA